AUGGAAUACAGUGCCAAGCGGCGAUGGAAAUCUAUAGGAAAUGCAAUUGAAGCAGUUCAUUUAUUCAAAGAAUCAGGCAUCGCAAACGUGGUUUCUAAUAUUGAUGAAUUAAUCGACGAAAUAGUGCAUUGCCCUGAGAGCAAUGCGUCAUCUACUUUUAUAUCUGGAAAUCCUUCAUAUGAAGCAAUUUUAGAACACAAGCGAAGAGAAAGUUUAUUCGAGCACAUCAGACGCGGCAGUAAAUCUGAUCUUGAUGCUAUUGAAAAACUUGUUUAUAAUGACCCUAAAAAGUUUCUUGUAAACCCGACAAGUGAAUUAUCUUUUUUAAAUAAAAGAAACGUGGUAGGAAGGACGCCGCUUUAUGAAGCGGCUUUGAACGGGUAUCCAAAUGUAAUUAGGUGUUUAAUCGAAUUUGGGGCGAAUCCACUGAUAAAAAGUGAAGUAGGCGAUAAUGAAAUGGAAUCUUGCUUGGAGGUUGCAUGCAGGUGGGGGAAUAUAAAAGCUGUCGAAGUUUUAUUGAAUUUUGGGAAGUGAAAAAAGCAAGAUAUAUCGAAAGCAAGGAAAUUAACAUGCAACCGAGAAAUAAAGCUUAUGCUUGCAGAUUAUAGCCGAAGGAUUUCAAAUUAUUCUAGCUGUUGUUAA